UGCUGCGUUGCACGUUGCUAGUUAGUUACAAUGUUGUAGCUAUUAGCACGCUAGCCAUUCCUUCGCUGGGAGGAAGACCCGCCGUUUAGUUUGACAAACAUCCAACAGAGUUCAUUCUGACUCAUUCACAACCAAAGCAGCCACACACUGCCUCUCAACUCACAACACUGUACUAAACACUAGCAGCCUCGUUGUGUUGUCUUUCUUUUAGCCUGCUAGCCUUGCCCAGCUAGCUAGCCGUUAGCGUUGUACCCGGCGUAACCGUCUCCUCCCUCUGUGUGAAGUACCUCCUACCCGGCUGGAGGACCAUGGCAAUGAGACAGACUCCGCUCACCUGCUCCGGGCACACCCGGCCUGUGGUAGACCUGGCCUUCAGUGGAAUCACUCCCUACGGCUAUUUCCUCAUCAGCGCCUGCAAAGAUGGCAAGCCCAUGUUGCGCCAGGGAGACACAGGGGACUGGAUAGGAACGUUUCUGGGUCACAAAGGUGCUGUCUGGGGAGCCACUCUGAACACAGACGCCACCAAGGCUGCCACCGCUGCGGCUGACUUCACAGCAAAGGUGUGGGACGCAGUGAGUGGAGACGAGGUCCUCACACUGGCACACAAACACAUCGUCAAGACGGUCACCUUCACUCAGGACAGCAACUGUCUGCUUACCGGAGGAAAUGACAAGCUGCUGCGCAUCUAUGACCUCAGCAACCCAGAAGCAGCACCGCAGGAGAUCGCAGGUCACACCUCAGCCAUCAAGAAAGCCCUGUGGUGCAACAACGACAAGCAGAUCCUCUCUGCUGCCGAUGACAAAACCAUCCGGCUGUGGGACAGGACCUCCAUGGAGGAGGUGAAGACGCUAGCAUUCGACACGUCGGUGAGCAGCAUGGAGUACGUGCCUGAUGGAGAGAUUCUAGUAAUCACAUACGGAAAGACGAUCGGUUUCUACAACGCUCUGAGCCUGGACCUGAUCAAGACUGUAGAGGCUCCAGCUCCCAUCAACUCAGCCUCCCUCCACCCAGAGAAGGACUUCUUUGUUGCUGGUGGAGAAGACUUCAAGCUCUACAAAUUUGACUACGGCACCAAGGAGGAGCUGGAGUCCUAUAAGGGUCACUUUGGUCCCGUGCACUGUGUACGCUUCAGCCCAGACGGUGAGCUGUAUGCCAGCGGCUCUGAGGACGGUACGCUGCGACUGUGGCAGACAGCGGUGGGGAAAACCUACGGCCUGUGGAAGUGUGUCCUUCCUGAUGACCUGGGAACAGAGAACUCUGAGCAGCUGUACCCCUCCACCCCCGAGAUCAAAGCCUGAGGACGGAGCGCUGCAGUAUGGAAACUGAAUGAGAAAAGAAAAAAAAGACCGAAGAAGUGACAGAGACGAGCGGAGGGGUGUUCCAGCGUCUUCUAUCAGGCCCCAGCAAGGAGCAGAGUCCAGAGCAUCUCCAUCUCUCAGGAACUGAUGUGGAUAUUACGACUGCCCCGUCUGUCAUACAGCAACCAUCUCACACACACACACACACACACACACACACACACACACACACACACACACACACACACAGAUUUGUGCAGUCACAUGGACAGUCUGGGCUGCUGAGUAAAGCAGUAGAGCUGUGGGUGUCUCUGGCUCAUCGCUGCCUGCUUUCUCUCUGAUCAGCCCCGUCCUGUAAUGUCUGCUUCAACUUAUUUUAAUCUCCAUUCACCCUUAAAUCUCAACUCUAAACCACGCGAUGCUAAGAUCAGUUUUGGUUUCAUAAUUAAUGUAUUUAAUGAGCUGGACCAAUGCCUUUUUGUUUUCAGUUCAGAUACAAGAAUACUGGAGAUAGUUGCACAGUUUGUGCUGGAGUUGAGGUGCUUUCAUUUCUUCAGAAACAUUGAGUAUUCACAGCUGUUGUACCGGUUGAGUAUAAAAAAAAGUUAAGUGUCAAAAUAAAAAAGUAAAUAUUGUUUUGUGACAAGUGGAAAGGGAAGAAAUGUUACUGGAUUUUUUUCCAUUUUGGUUUGUGUCUUUAUUUGUGUCCAGUGAUUUAAAUAAACUAAUGCAUUACUGUUUGAUUUCAGUUCUGCACAAAAAGCA